ACCAAAAAAUAUCAAUUUCCCCUCUCACUAAUCACUAUAUAUACCUACUAGUCUAUCCAUUGUGUUCCACACACACGCAUUAUUAUCUCGUUAAUUAUCUACUAAACAACCUUGUUUGCAUUUGAUUUGUACAAUGGUUGCUUUUUCUUCUUCUUCUUCUUCUUCUUUUUCUUCAUCUUGUUGGACAACAAGAGCAAGAAUGAUGGUCGUUUUGAUUGUUCUUGUUAUUUCCAUGUUGUCGGGUAGCACUUCUGCGCAGCUCUCCACCAAUUUCUACUCCAAGAGUUGUCCCAAGUUGCUUGCUACUGUAAAAUCAGUCGUAAAAUCUGCAGUCAACAAGGAAAAGCGUAUGGGUGCUUCGCUCCUUCGCCUCCACUUCCAUGAUUGCUUUGUCCAAGGGUGUGAUGGAUCCAUUCUCUUGGAUGAUACUUCUUACUUUAAAGGGGAAAAAACUGCUUUUCCCAACAACAAUUCUGUUAGGGGAUACAAUGUCAUUGACGAUAUCAAAAAUGCUGUUGAGGAAGUGUGUCCUGGAGUUGUAUCUUGUGCAGAUAUUAUAGCUAUUGCUGCUCGUGACUCAAUCGUAUUGCUUGGAGGACCAAGCUGGAAAGUCAAACUCGGAAGGAGAGACUCCAAAACACCCAACCUCAAUGUAGCCAACACCCCCGGUGUACUCCCAAGUCCUUUUUCAAAUCUCAGCGCUCUCAUCUCAAGUUUCCAAAACCAAGGUCUUUCUACUAGGGAUUUGGUUGCUUUAUCAGGUGCGCACACAAUUGGAAAAACAAGGUGCACAAUUUUUAGGGACCGCAUUUACAACGACACCAACACUAUUGCGGCAUCCUUUGCUAAGAAAAGACAACGGAAGUGCCCUAGAAAGACAGGGUCAGGGGACGACAACUUAGCCCCACUCGACCUUGAAACUCCUGCCUUCUUCGACAACAACUACUACAAGAACCUGAUCAACAAGAAGGGACUUCUUCACUCGGAUCAAGCUCUCUACAAUGGCGGAUCCACCGAUUCGUUAGUCAAAAAAUACAGCAAAAACCCAGCAUUAUUCAACUCCCAUUUCGCUAGGGCGAUGAUCAAGAUGGGUAAUAUUAGACCUCUAACCGGAUCCUGUGGUGAGAUCAGGAAGAAUUGCAGAAUGGCCAACUGAUCGAUACAACUCUGCAAAAGUUCUAUAUUUGUAUUGUGAUUCGGGUUCGAUCAUCAAGUGUAAAAUUUGCUCGUGGUGUUUAAAUUUUCUCUGGAAAAAGUGCUUAUCUAGUUUUUAGAUGCUUGGUCAUGGAGCAACCUAAAUAGUGUGUCUGUAUCCCACUAUAAGAUUUGGACUAAGUGACAUCCACCGGGUUCAACGUUGUUGGUUUUUGUUUGUUGGUUUUUAAUUGGUUGCUAAAAUGUCAAGUGAAAAGUGUUAUUCCCUUUGGUAGAAUGUCAAGUGUAUGUUACUCCGUA